GUUCUCAAAAUGUAAAUUCAGACUCAAAGACUUUAUUCUUACCUACAAAUGAAGAAAUUAAAUACUGUUCAUUGUCAUAAUUUAUCUUGCUUGAAAUAAUAUCAUGAUCAUAAGCGUGAUUUACAUUCCAAAAAAUUGAGUUUAAAAAGCAUUAAAACGCGCUCUGAAACCAAGGAAGCCCCUCAAGGCGCUGGACCCGUAGAAUUUGUUAAUGAUCCUAUAAGGCUAGUCCAGCACUGUGAACUAUAUGAUAUAGCCCUCUGAUCUUGUUGAAACUUGGCACAGUCAUGGAGCCAUGUUGCCCACCUGUUGCCAUCAAAUUGUUGCAGUCUUGUUGUUAUCUUUGCUGUCAUUGAGCUUCAGUGUCUUGCCUGUCCAGGGUCAAUUCUUCUAUCAUCAGGCUUUGGCCAAUAGCCAGCGUUCAGCAUAUGAGCCUGCCUCGCCCUAUCAGGGUUAUGCCACAGCCGAUGCUCAUCCAUCUGUUGUCCAAAAUGCUCAUUGGGAAUCCGAAUUGCCAGCGGAAUUAUCAAAGAGUUCACGUUUCUACAAUGAUCCGGUUAUUGCUGCCAACUUGGCCAAGGAAUCGCUGCUGACUAGAAAAGAAAUGGCUGUAAUCGAUCGCGAGGCUGAGAAAAUACCAAGGGAACAGGUCUAUAAGCUAUUCAAAAAUGCAGGAUAUCUGAGUCGCAGAUAAGAAUUAUGAAAAUUAUGAAUUUCAAU